AGGACAUUUAACUUAUGAAAUAAAUUAGAAAGUUACUAAUCACAUAGCAUUUUCCAUUGAUUAUACUUUUAAAUCCCACAAUCGCAAUUUUCUGAUUGGUUUAUUUUAAUGAACAAAAUUUUUCGGAACUUUAAUUGCAUUUAAAACUUCUAGUACAUCCCUUGUCAGCCUUAAGACGUAUUGAAAUGGCUGCAUCUGAAAAAAUUUGUAAAGUGCGAUUGAACUUAGGUUCAAAUUCAUCAGUUCCAUACAGUCAGCUUCUUGAUCUUAGGUCUGCCCAAAGUUUGAAUGGUAGAACAUCAAUGGAGGGUACAGCUGAUUUUUUAAAAGGUUUACCAUCUCAUGAUGAAAAUAAUUUUUCCCGUUUUCAACCUGAUACUUCCUGUAAAAAUUAUAUGAAAAAGACUUCUGUUUAUGUUCCUACUAAAGAUCAUCCUGCAGAACAAAUUAUAACAACAGAAAAAACUACUAUCCUAUUGCGGUAUUUGCAGCAGCAGUAUGACCGAAAGCGAGCUCAAACAAAAAGAGAGUCUGAAUCAGCAGGUCCUAGCGGUGCUCAAGAACAAACUCCAAGAAAGAAGACUCGAUUGUAAAAGUAGCUGAUCUGAAUAGAGCCAAAAUUGAAAAAGAAAAAAAUUAAUGUGAAAUGAAAAGAGAAAACAACGGGGAUCAUUUGUUUUGCUUUUGUUUGUUAUGUAUAUGUAGGAGUUAAGUCAAAAUCUCCUGUUUGAUGUAUAUCAAGAGCUGUUCAUUUACUUUUAUACGAAUUUCAAAAGGUUAUGCUUUUGCUUUGUGUUGGUAUUUUAUGUACACUAACGAAGAUUGUCCAUAAUCAAUAUAAUGUUUUAUUUGUUGUUUGGUCUUCAGAGGUGCUACUACUGAUACGGCCAAAGUUUAUGCUUUACAGUUCUCAGCUGCUGUGUUGAGUUUUGAAAUAUUUUUGUGCAUUUUAUUUCACUCUUUGCGACUUUUUCCCAUUGCUUUCGUUAUAUUCUUCAUUUCAUUCCUCUAAAAAUUUAAAAGAAAAAAAGUCAUACAGAUUUAAAACUUUACAAGAAAAGAGACAACUAAGAAUGUUUUGUUGAUAUUAAAGCAUCUGUGAAAGUGUUUUUGUUUUAACUAUUAACCGCCUUUAACUUCUCCUGUUUAUUGUAUGCAUUGUUUUAUGUUGUUCCAAUAUGGCAUUAUCACAACCUAUGUCUUCUUUAUGAUGCUAAGUAGAGAGUAAAACAAAGGCGCCCAUAUAGGGGGGAAAGGGGGGGAUCGAGCCCCCCCCCUUGAAAUUAGAACUUCCUUGCUUAUGGUACUUUUUCUUUGCAAAAAUGUAAAAACAUUUAUUAUCCAGCCUUUAAUGAAUAAGUUAUAAAAUGAAAUAUUUUAAUGACUCUAAUCUGUCUUGAAAUCGGUUUCCAUGGAGAAAAUACCCUCCUAACCCAAGGGGAAAAUAUCUGAGCACUCUCCUUACAAUUUUACAUAUAGGCGCCUUUUCAAGAAAAAUCUUAUUAUGGAAAAUGUAUGCAACUUUCUGAAAAUAGUCCUGCAUAUUUUAAAGUAUAAAACAAUUAAGAAUAGUUAAAAUAUGUUUUUGAGCUAUUUUCUUUAAUCGUCUAGUUUAACUAGAAACAAUUAUAAAAAUAAAUAUUACAAUUAACUUUACUGUACAAUGCAAACUAAGGCUUGCAGUUGUACUUAAAAGAAAUAAAUUAAAAAUAAAAAUAAACCAGUGUGACAAGUAAUCUGGCAGAUGAUUAAGUACACAAAGUGGUUCUUAUGGUUUUUUAACUUCGUAUUAAGCUAAAUGCUUAAUAAUGUUUGUUUAAUGUUUAAAUAAUGUUUAGCUUAUUAGCUAAACUUCUUAUUAAGCAUUUUAAAUUGAUGUGUAAUGCUUUAAUUGUUUCUAAACGUGAGGCAGUGAGAAACAAAGGGAUGUAAGUGCCAAAAUAAAAAAAAAUUGGGGAUAAUCAGUAUAAAUGGUAAAAAAGAACCUUUCCUCUGUUUCAGGACUAGAGAUGGUACUAGUAGCUCUGAUGGGUGCUGCUGUACAGCAUGAUUUAGAAUUAAAACUUCAGUGAAAGCUUACCUAGGAUUUGAAUUUUAAAAAGUCCACUUACAUCCCUUUACUUCUGCCUCAUAUGUCAAAAUUUGUUUUUUUCAUCUGAGAUUAAAAAUUCCAGGCAAAA